AGUUGUGGGUGUCGGCAGGUGGAGCUGCACUCUCUCCCAGUCAACCCUUCAGGAGGGUCCAGGACUCCCUCAGCGAAACGCACAGAUUCGCAGACACGCGCGCGCGCACGCACACGCGUACGGCUUGUCAGGCGUGUCAGAGGAGCGCUCGAGCUUCUGUGAGUUGAGAGAGAGAGAGGGAGGGAGCGCGCGCUCCGCGGUGAGCGGGACCGGACAGACUUGAGAGCGGUGUGAGUUGGAGCAGGUUGGCCGCUUGUUUCCUUCCCGCUCCCGGAGGAUCAUGGUCCUCUGACAGCGGCCGGGCUGCGGGGCGCCGCCGGCUCCUCCUGACCGCAAAAUGAAGCGUCUCUGUCGGAGGCUGGCGGUGGCCGUGGCGGUGCUGGUGUGGCUGGGAGCGCUGGUUUACCUGCUGGUGCUGAGCCGGAGGCGGCUGCCGGAGCUCGGUACCGGAGCAGGAGCAGGUGGUGGAGGCGGAGGAGGAGGAGCGGGAGGCGGAGAGGCGUACAACCAGAUCUCGGAUGCAGAGUGGGAGGACAUGUUGGAGGGUUUCGAUGAGCGGGGUUACCUGACGGCGCGGCGGUGGAAGCCCGGUGACGACCCGUACACGCUGUACGCCUUCAACCAGAGGGAGAGCGAGCGUAUCCCCAGCAACCGAGCCCUGAGAGACACCAGGCACUACAGGUGCACCACUCUUCACUACGACUCUGAUCUUCCUCCAACCUCCAUCAUCAUCACCUUCCACAACGAGGCCAGAUCCACCCUGCUGCGCACCAUCAGGAGCGUUUUAAACCGAACUCCGGUUCAUCUCAUUCAUGAGAUCAUUCUGGUGGACGACUUCAGCGACGACGAGAGUGACUGUCAGCUUCUCACCAAGCUGCCCAAAGUCAAAUGUCUGCGCAACAACAAGAGAGAAGGUCUGAUCAGGUCCAGAGUGCGGGGGGCCGACGCCGCCCGGGCCGGCGUCCUCACCUUCCUGGACAGCCACUGUGAGGUCAACAAGGACUGGCUGCCCCCCCUCCUGCAGAGGAUCAAACAGGACCCGACCCGUGUGGUCAGCCCGGUCAUUGACAUCAUCAACAUGGACACGUUCGCCUACGUGGCGGCCUCGGCUGACCUGCGCGGAGGUUUUGAUUGGAGCCUCCAUUUUAAGUGGGAGCAGCUGUCACCAGAACAGAGGGCUCGCCGGAUCGACCCCACUCAGCCAAUCAAGACUCCCAUCAUCGCAGGCGGGCUCUUUGUGAUUGACAGGUCCUGGUUCAAUCACCUGGGUAAAUACGACACAGCCAUGGACAUCUGGGGCGGGGAGAACUUUGAGAUCUCGUUCCGGGUGUGGCAGUGCGGCGGCAGUCUGGAGAUCCUCCCCUGCAGCAGAGUGGGUCACGUGUUCAGGAAGAAGCACCCGUACGUCUUCCCCGAGGGAAACGCCAACACCUACAUCAAGAACACUCGUCGCACAGCCGAGGUGUGGAUGGAUGACUUCCGCCUCUUUUACUACUCUGCUCGUCCUGCAGCUCGAGGGAAAUCUUACGGAGAUAUCCGAGGCAGAGUGGAACUUCGCAAGAAGCUCAAGUGCAAAUCCUUUAAGUGGUACUUGGACAACGUUUACCCAGAGCUCAAGGUCCCAGACGACUCGGACUCUCAGUCCGGGCCGAUCAGACAGAGGCAGAACUGUCUGGAGUCUCGCAGGGUGGAGGGGCAGGAGCUGCCCGUCCUCACCCUGGCCGCCUGCAUCGGGACGGAGGGCGUCCCCGCCAUCAACCAGGAGUGGGUUUACACUCACGGGCAGCAGAUCCGUCAGCAGCAGCACUGUCUGUCUCUGUCCACCACCUUCCCCGCCUCCCAGGUCCUGCUGCUGCCCUGCAACAUGGCCGACGGCAAGCAGCGGUGGCAGAAGUCGGGGACUCACCUGGAGCACCUGGUCUCCCGGUUCUGCCUGGACUCGGAGAUGGCUCUGGACGGGAUGGACUCGUCACGGAUGCUGGUGAUCAGCCCCUGUGAACUGAGCGCAUACACACAGAGAUGGGAGGUCCCCUUCUCCUGACCCCCGACCCCGUGACCUUUCACCUGCCCCGUCACCCAUCCUCCGCCUCAAACACCUGGGCAAGAGAUGAGCUGCCCAGACAGAGUGAAGAUGCAUGAGCACGUCAUGUCAAGGUGCUGCGUUCAGGAGAGUCCGACAGAAGGUUGACGAACGUUCGUAGAGUUUUUGAUGCAGAUCUGAAAUCCUGAUGCACUGAGGAUCUGUGCUGGACUGAGACACUGAGACACUGAGACACUGAGACAUGUCGGGUUUGUUUAGAUUAAAGUGUCAACAUUGGAGGCUGUAGAGAAGUUUGGUGGAGAGUCAGACCAAGUGCACCUUAAAACCCUGAAAAAAAUAUCAUCAGAGAAAGUGUCUGUUUGAAUCUGGGAAUUAAGACCAAGCACAACUGGAGGUUUUAGUUCACUUGUUAAAAAAGCACAAAUAAUCUGUUGCGUCUCUUCUUGCUCUAAAUUUCAGAACUUCAGUUUGCUUGUGACCACACUGGCUUCUUGGUACAGAAGGUAAAGAUCUCAAACCUCUGAGCGACUCAUCAAACAUCUCAAAUAUUUUUUAUUUCAAUUUUAUUCUCCAGUUGCAAGAAAACUUAAAGUACCCCCACCCCACCCCCCAAUUUGCUUUGAACCAAAAGAGAGUCAAAAGAUGACAGAACCAGAACCAUGUAACACCAGUGAGUCCAGGUUUGUCUGGAUUUAGUCCUCACUCAAAACUGUUUGGGAUUGUUUCUGUGAUUAAAAUGAUGCUGUUGUCUUUUCUGUGACCACAGACCGUCUCUGUUCUGAGGAGUGCAGUGGAUGAGACUCUGUUUACAGGAGAAUCGAAAACCUCCUCCAACACGUGAGCACAUUUAACCACAGAAGAAGAAAGGAAGACAAGCCCAACAUAUGUCUGGGCCCUUGGCCCGAGUCUGGCCUAUAUCUGGGCAGAGUCCGGCUGUUAUUGUCAGUAAUGACUUGACAGCUGGAAGAUUUUCUGUGUGUGCACCAGAUGUGGAAGCAGCACCUGACAAUCAUGCCGUAUACGGGCCAGAUUUGGGCCAUGGAACCGGGCGUAUGCUGGGCCAGAGGAAAACAAGCAUGUGGCCCAACUCCGGGCCGGAUUUAUUUGACUUUACUGACAGUCAAGCGCAGGUGACAGAACAGCAUGAAUGCAGCACGUGGUUUCCUGUUUCCUCCGUGAUGCAGCUGCUUCAUGUUAAACAUCUGGUGUGACGUGUUGCUGACGUGCAUGUGAGAAUUUUCUACACAAGUUUACAUCGUUGUUUUUUCCCACACAGUUUAAACUCAAUCAAACUGGAGGAAACGCUUUAGUCAUGAUCGUCUUUCAGUCGAUUCAUUUCUGUCAUGUUUGUUGUUACAGUCCAGAGACGUUACAAGGUGAUUGGGGGGGGGGGGGUUUCUCCUCAGGCUUCCUUCAGGAUCAGGGGUGAUUCAUGAAGCUGCCAAAGCUUUUGUCGGUCACGAGCUUGAGAGUGUGUUUGUCUCUGAGCAGACUGACAGGACGCAGAGCUGACGGACAGACUGCAGCUGCUGUGGAGGUCAAACCUGCGACGUCACGUGACAGUCAUCUUUGGUUUUUCAUUUCAAAUUCCUACGGCGUGGAAACACGACUGAAGUUAACUGCAGACCUUCACGUUUGAGUGAUGUCUGAUAAUUUUCUCUCCAGAUUGAGCCUCGCUCUCUGUUGUUCUGACAUUUUGAAAUAUCCUGUUUGACUCCUGAAUAAAGGUUUUAUAAUGGCUGA